AUGGGGGAGCAAGAGUACCACAUGGUGUGUCGUGCGGUGAGGAACGCUGACCCAAACUUUGUCUGGACUCUGAGAAGAGAUGAUUCUCUCUACACCAACCUCCUCCCCUCGGCCUUUGCCAACCACUUCGCCAAAGCCUCUUCCUUCACCACCAAGAUUCGCGACAGCUCUCAACAUUCUGAAACUAGUGACCGACCAACAAUGGGGCAGGUUCCAAUCUCAGCACAACACAUUAUCGCCUCACCUCCCACCCCCAGUACCACGACUCCGCACACGGCUCAAAACACACGCCACAACAGACCGGUCAGUGUUUCCAGGGGGUCUUCCGUGAAUAUUGGACUCCACGGCCCCCCGUGUGAGCCCCCCGUGGUCCCAGAAGAAGCAGUCGGUUUGGCGCUCCGUGCCUGCUCUGCCUAUGUUAGCUCCAGACUGCAUGAGGAUAUUGAGGAAGAGAGCAAGUGUCUUGAGCUGGCCGGGACAGAAUGGCAAAGUCUAAUCAACUACUACUACAAGAUAGUCCUAGAGGGCGGGAGGUUUGCCUGCAGUACACUAACAGUUAGGAAGGCCUCUGACAUGCUGGAUGAGUUGGAGAAGUACUUGCCUCAACUGUACAUGGAUGGAGUACGUAAUAUCUGGAUCGUCAAGCCAGGGGCAAUGUCCAGGGGGAGAGGUAUAGUGUGUCUGGAGCGUCUGGAGCCCAUUCUGGAGCUUGUCUCCAGUCCAUUCCACAAGGAGGGGAAGUGGGUGGUGCAGAAGUACAUCGAGCGACCGCUGCUCAUCUACGGAACAAAGUUUGACAUUCGCCAGUGGUUCCUCGUUACCGACUGGGCCCCUCUCACCAUGUGGAUGUACAAGGAUUGCUACCUCAGAUUUGCCACCCAGAGGUUCACACUGGACAACAUGAAUGAGAGUGUUCAUCUAUGCAACAACAGUAUACAGAGGAACUACACCAACAGUGGCAGCAGAUCUGAGCUACUGCCCGAAGAGAACAUGUGGCACAGCUCCACUUUCAAGAUUACCUGGAGACAGGAUGGAGUAUGGGAUGAGGUCAUCUAUCCGGGAAUGAAACACGCCCUCACGUGUUCCAUGAUGGUCUCUCAGGACAUUGUGGAGGGAAGAAAGAACUCGUUCGAGCUCUACGGAGCUGAUUUCAUGCUCACUGACGACUUCAAACCAUGGCUGAUUGAGAUAAACUGUAGUCCCACAAUGGAGCCUAGUACCUCUGUCACCACUCAACUCUGCGCUCAAGUCAUGGAGGACACCAUCAGAGGUACAACACCUUUGUGA